GCUGACGCGUCCUUCUUCUUCUCCUCAUACUCCGACGUGUCAGUCUUCUUGAGUCCCGAGCUGAGCAGCAGACAGAGCCGAAGACAUGGCGCCCAAAGGCAACAGCAAGCAGCAGUCAGAGGAAGACCUUCUCCUCCAGGACUUCAGCAGGAACCUCUCGGCGAAGUCCACGGCUCUGUUCUACGGGAACGCGCUCAUCGUGUCCGCCAUCCCCAUCUGGCUGUUUUGGAGGAUUUGGCACAUGGACCUGGUCCAGUCUGCAGUUUUGUACGGUGUGAUGACUCUGGUCAGCACCUACCUGGUGGCCUUUGCCUACAAGAACGUCAAGUUUGUCCUCAAACACAAAGUUGCGCAGAAACGUGAAGAUGCCGUUUCCAAGGAGGUAACCAGGAAGUUGUCUGAGGCGGACAACCGCAAGAUGUCCCGCAAGGAGAAAGACGAGAGGAUCCUGUGGAAGAAGAAUGAGGUCGCCGACUACGAGGCCACCACCUUCUCCAUCUUCUACAACAACACCCUGUUCCUGGUGCUCGUCAUCGUCGCCUCCUUCUUCUUGCUCAGGAACUUCAACCCCACUGUCAACUACAUUCUCUCCAUCAGUGCCUCCUCAGGACUCAUCGCUCUGCUGUCUACAGGCUCCAAGUAAAAGGAGGAAGAAAAGGGAAAGAAAAGCUGGAGGGGAGGGUUUCGUUAGGAGGGGAGGGAGUGGGUGUAAAAUGGGUUUACUCUAUUGUUUUUCACUUAAGCAAGGAACGGGGUUUAAAAAGGACCGAAAUGUCACAUUUCAACUUCAUGAAAUUCAUGAUCAAAUGUCUGGGGGGCGUUUCUCCAGGUCUGUCUUCUGUUUUUUGUAACAAAUAAAGCAACCAGGUAUACUUGCG